AUGUCUCUCGACCCUUCACAACGCAACACACCCGAACAAGAUCGCAUCGACAAGCUCGUACUACUUCAAUCACCUCCAAGCUCAGAUAAACAUGUUCCAAAUCACAUCCAAACAGCGCCUGACGCACCUGACGGUCUCUUCCAGACGGCAGGCACGUGUCUGCAAACUGGACGCGACAAGGGCAAAAAUCGCCAGAUGGACCUCGACACGGGCACCCGUGCCUCGACCGUAGUCCGCGUCACCCAACCGCAAAUGGAAGAGCAAGAUCUUUCGCAUAAGUAUGCACAUAUCGACGCGUCUCGGGCGCAACCAGAGGCUGCCUUGGAAGCAUCGCAGCUGGCCCCCGAGCUACUGAUGCACAUCUUUGCCUUUCUCGACCCUGUCUCGCUCUCUCGCGCUGCCGCUGUUUGUCGCGCCUGGAGCGCGAUCGCACGCGAUGAUGCUACCUGGAGAGCUGCUUUUGCUACCUACUUCAGUCUCGAAGCUGCGCAAGCUCACCGUGCCGCGUCGCUCGAUGCAUCUGCCACGCCUGCGCUUCGCCGUCUCACCAACACAUCUUGGCGCCACGAGUUUCAGCAGCGCGUCGACCUUCUCCGCCAAUGGCGUAAGUCCCGUACUCCCACCAUCUUGUCAACGCCCCGUGUCGAUCUCAUCAAAAAGAUCUCGCUGGCCAAGCAACAUCGUCUGCUCGUCUCGGCUACCGACACGUACGGCGUCGCAUCACGUUCCAAUCCUUGGACGGGCAAGGUGACCAAAGGCUACCUCGAUGCAGAAGGUACUGCCAAUGGCGCUGGAAAUGGCAAUCCCAACGUCGAAUUCAGCCCCAACGUCACCACCCUCAAUAUGAACUCGGAUGCAUCGCACAUCUUUUGGGGUUUCCGCUCCGGCGAGGUAGGCAUGACCAUCAUGUCCAGGCAAGGCACCAAUGCGCGAGGCGCUAUUCGAAGCGUUCGUUUCACGCCUCGCGCUUCCCAUUCCGGCCCUGUCUCAGUCAUCGCCAUCCCGUUUGCUAGCGAUAGCGACGGUGCUCACGGGCCAGGUCGCAGUCCCGAACGGCUUCGACAGGCCAUGGCCAUGCUCGGCGACGUUGGCUCGACCUUCGUGACUGCUGGCUUCGACGGCACGGUACGCAUGUGGUCUUCGAAUCGAUCUUGGCCACUGUGGAUCGCGUCUUGCUCCUCAAAGACGCCCAUCUCCAAUGCCAUAUCAUCCGCCACGCCAGCUCAAAUCAACCCUGAUGCGGCCAUGCCACUGUGCGCACUCGCCUACGAUGCAAAGAGUGGCAUCGUCGCCGCUGGCAGCACCACUGGCAAGAUCUUUGUUUGGUCUAACAUCGAUGUUGCAGCACUCCUUCGCAUCCCUCCGGCGGCUACCGACCCAGAUCAUUUGCGCAAUGGCGAUCCAACACCUGAAACACUCGAAGCGCACGCUCUCUUUUUGCGUCUUUCGCAGUCCAUCCGCGCGACUACCAUCGACGUUCCCUCGAAUGCUGGCACACAGGCUGCCGUCGACUCUCUAUUCAUUGACUCUGCCUCCUCGAUAAGUGCCACAGGUACCCCCUUUUCAGAUCCCAAUGCGGAAGACUGCUCGGUUCUUGCACACCAUUCUGGUGCACGAGUGCUGUUGCGUCACCGACUGUUCCAGGAUCCUUCGCAUGCUGUUGAGACCACCGUCCUGGGAGCUGCAGUUAUGGACGAGAUCACCACGAUCCGUCCCGACUUCGAGCCACGCUUGCCGAAGCGCGAUUCGCGAUCAUCGGCGGCACAAAGCCCUUCAACCAGCGUUUUCGCUUCACCGACGCUCUCUGCUACUCGACCGGAGCCUGGCAGCACCGCUCUCACCCAACCACCAACGCUUAUCCUUGGUCCCCUGCCAUUCAACAGCUACAAUGGCCCAGGCCAGUAUCCGGAGCGCAAAUUCGUCUGCGUUGGCACCAAAGCUGGCUCGCUUUUCCUUUUCGACUGGGAGAGUUCUGGCACUGUUUUCGAUGAGCUCACGCAGCAGGACUGGCAAGGACACAAUCCGCCUCGCUUCCGCGGCGAAAAGCAGCUCCUACCUUCCAUCGGUUGGGAAGCACAUCACACCGCCAUUACUGCACUCGAGAUCACACCUCUGCAUAUCUUUGUCGGCACUUCGGACGGUACCAUCAAGGUCUACGAUUCACUGGCUGGCGACUUGAUCCGAACCAUCAACGAUCGCACCGCUACACGGCAUCCUGCGCGCAUGCUUGCCGCAGGGGAGCUGACCGAGACCGAAGCUGCACGGUUCCGCGUUACACAGAUCAUCGCUGAUAACGAGUGUCUCGUUGCAAGCAUUGGUCAUCAGAUUCUUGCUUUCAGAGCGGAACCAGUGCUCAGUAAACGAGCCGCUGCUGCUGCCGCCGCGGCGUCGACCAAGAGCAAAGGCGGACGACCUCGCCUCUCGGACAACAAAUACGUGAUGCAGGUCGAGCUCAAACGCGACCUGCGCGAGUCACAAGUGCAACUCGAAGCUGAGAAUGCGGAGCGGCAGGCUGAGUAUAGCAAAAUCCGCAAUAGGCAAGAAUUUGAAUUGGAAGGAUUAAGUGAGCAGGAGGCGCUCGAGUACGCGCUGAUGCUCUCACGCGACCAGGAAGCGGCUUCUGCCACCGCCAAAGCACAAUACAUGGGUGGGAGCGGGUACGUUCCUGGAUCGCACGCUUCUGGGAGUAGAAAUCAGAUCUCGGUUCCCGAGCAGAUGGUGGACGAUCCCGAGCUGGCGGACGCUUUGGAACAAAUCGCAUUGGCCGAGUCCAAGGCCGAAGCCGAGAGGCACGUUGAGCCGGCUGCGUCGUUUUACGAUCGAGUUCACCGUGCUAGUCGACGCAGCAGCGGAUCUUCCUCUAUCAAGGCUACACGCCGAUAUGGACUAUUGGAGGACCAAGAUUUCGGAAGCUCGCACGACGAGCUAGAUGACGACGACGAGCUUGAACCAUAUCUGCGACGUUUGCCUUCGCCUUUGCCUUCGCCAUCGCCAUCGCCAUCGCCAUCAGCAUCGCCGUACCUGACGGGUGUGUGUUCGCCGCCGGCCUCGCGCGCGUGGACGAUCCUGUCGCAAGCCGGGUCGAGCGCCACCACUCCGGCGCAUUCGAGCGAUCGGUGGGGCAAAAUGUCGAAAGUGAGGACUGUCAAUGUACCGAGCAGUGCGAGGUUGUCGAGUCGCACGCCGACGGAAGCUGUGUCGUCGAGCUUGGGGAGCAAUUUGUCGCCGCCUGAGUUGAGCUCGCCGCACGAUUUUCCGGCCAUGUCGGCGGGUGGCUCGGUCUCGGGUAGCCUGGGGGCGUCGCCGCACGCGCAAGCGGUGCGACGUGCUAGUUCCGGCUGGACCUCGCCUGCUGUAGCGAGUGCAGGUGCGAUGCGCCACUGGAAUACGAGUCCGAACUUGCGUCCCGUUGCAGACGCUUCGCUGCCACACUCGACCGCGCAUAGACCGUCUCCCUGGUCCUCCCGCACACCGUCUAGCAGCGCUCAACCGUCGCUCCUAGCCGCAUCGCUCCAUUCUGCCCCCGACUCGCUACACGCACCACUGCACUCGCACACUGCUCAUCCUGCCGCACAUCCGGAACUCGACGAUCUCAACUUGGCCAUCCAGCUCAGCUUGGCCGAACACCAAUCGCGCCUCGACCAGUAG